AUGCCUUCAAACAAGUACUGUUUCCUUCUCUUUGUUAUCGCUCUCUCCGCCGUCCAUGUCAUCCACGGCAAAGUCCACGGUGUCCGCUACACCGUAACCAACAACGCGUCAGGAUCAGCGGGCGGCUCCAUCUUCGACAGCCACGUAGGCGCUCCGUACACCAAGCAGGCCAUGUCACGCGCCACUCGGUUCAUAUGGAAGACGUUCCGCCAGCAAAAUGACGCCACGCAGAGGAAACACGUCACGAAGAUCGACUUCUUCCUCGACAUUAUGGAAGAUGGCAUAGCCUACAGCAUCGACAACGACAUCCACCUCAGCGCGACUUAUCUGGGGACCACCACGUCAGCGCCGCCGAGGGUUCUAGUGGCGUCGGAGAUUUAUCACGAGAUGACGCACGUGUGGCAGUGGAACGGGGGUGGGGCAACACCGUUAGGAUUGAUUGAAGGGAUUGCGGAUUUCAUAAGGAUGAAGGCCGGUUACGAGUCAACGUCUUCACCGGUUCGGUUAGGAGAAGGGGACCGGUGGGACCAAGGAUACGGUGUUACAGCCGGGUUUUUGGGGUAUUGCGAUGGUCUGAAACGUGGGUUCGUGGGUAAGUUGAACAAGAAGAUGAGGUUUGGGUAUAGUGAGACGUACUUUCGGGAUUUGCUUGGGAAGGACGUGGAUAGUCUUUGGAGCGAGUACAAGGCCAAGUACAAAAGCUAG